AUGGGCACAGGAACCUUUGGGCGUGUUCAUCUGGUGAAGGAAAAAAUGGCCAAACGUUACUUUGCACUGAAAGUAAUGAGCAUUCCUGAUGUCAUUCGACUGAAGCAAGAGCAGCAUGUGCACAAUGAAAAGUCAGUCUUGAAAGAGGUCAACCACCCCUUUUUGAUCAGAUUAUUUUGGACCAACCAUGACGAACGUUUUUUAUACAUGUUAAUGGAAUACGUGCCAGGAGGAGAACUUUUUAGUUACCUGCGCAACAUGGGGCGUUUCAACAACAGCACAGGACUGUUUUACUCCACAGAAAUUAUUUGUGCAAUAGAAUACCUGCACUCCAAAGAAAUAGUUUACAGAGACUUAAAACCUGAAAAUAUAUUACUAGACAAAGAAGGACAUAUCAAGCUUACAGAUUUUGGAUUUGCUAAAAAGCUGGUUGAUAG